AUGUUUCGAGCCAUCCUCACGACCUUCCUAUUGAUGGUCCCACUAUACUACAUUUACAAACCCCCAAGUAUCCUAAUCCGCUACUUCACCCAUCGCUGGCCAGAUGUUCUCUUCCACGUCCCAACAACCAAAAAGAUCGUCGCGCUAACAAUCGACGACGCGCCCUCGAUCCACACACCAGAAAUCCUUCGUCUGCUGCAAGCCCACAACGCCGCAGCUACUUUCUUUGUAAUCGGGUCUCAAGUACCAGGUCACGAGAACAUUUUAUCUGACAUUGUUCGCGCGGGUUGCGAACUUGGGAAUCAUGCAAUGCACGAUGAGCCAUCGCGAUCACUCAGUGACGCCGAACUAGCGAGCCAGAUUCAAGAAGUGCAACUUAAGAUCUCUGAGGCUUAUUCUGCUGCUGGUGUGAGGCAGGAGAGCUGGCUCUUUCGUCCUGGGUCUGGGUUUUUCAGCACGCGGAUGAGAUCGCUUGUGCACAGAUUGGGGUAUCGACUUGUGCUGGGUGAUGUGUAUCCGCAUGAUCCACAGGUACCAUUUUGGAAGGUGAAUGCGAGGCAUAUCUUGAGUAUGGCUCAGCCGGGUAGUAUUAUUGUUUGCCAUGACCGCAGGGAAUGGACAGUGCCGAUGCUACAGAAGGUAUUGCCAGAGCUGGAGCGCCGAGGAUAUCGCGUUGUCACGGUAUCGGAAUUUUUAAAAGAGAUGGAGUGA